AUUGUUACUGGGCGCAAAUGAAAUCGGAAUGUUAGAGACUCUCUUGGUUCCGCGAAGUUACUUACACGAGUUCAAGUGGUGCCGGAAGCGCCGAACUGUCUAUUUACAACUUUCUUUUAUCAUAAGCUUCGUGUUUGUCUCAAGGCCAGACGUGCCAGAAGCAGAGAUAAGGCUGGAAAUGCAGCUGCAGAACGUGGAGGAUGUGUCCAGGCUUAACUUGUGGUGUAAUGGCGAACCGCAGCACACAGAUCAGACGGUGUUAAAGACGUGUGCAGUGAAACUGGUGGAUAUCAGAAAAACACAGGGUCUGAAUUCAAACAUAACAUCAGAAGAAAAUCUUCCUACGGGAGUUCCAGGUGAAUGCAGCAUGUUUGAUGGAGACCAGGAGACACUGCAGGCUCAAUUAAAGACGAGUUCGGUGAGACUGGUGGAUUACAGAAAAGCAAAAGCUGAGGAUAAAUCCAGCAGGUUUGAUGGAGACCAGAAAACACUGCACACUCAAUUGAAGAUAGGUUUGGUGAGACUGGUGGAUUGUGGAAAAUUUCAAAGCAGAAAAGCAACAGCUGAGGACAAACUAGACGACAAGGCUUAUCAUCAUGACUACAACAUUCCAGAUAAAUCCAACAGGUUUCAUGGAGACCAGCAAACACUGCACACUCAGUUAAAGAUGAGUUUGGUGAGACUGGUGGAUUGUGGAAAAAUACUAAGCAGAAAAGCAACAGCUGAGGGCAAACCAGAGGGCGGAGCUUAUGAACAUGAAAACAAAAACAGCGAUUUUAUUUCGUCCAGUAAAUCCAGCAGGUUUGAUGGAGACCAGCAAACAUUACAGGCUCAAUUAAAGAUGAGUUCAGUCAGGCUGGAGGAUUGCAGCAAAUUACAAAACAGAAAAGCAACAGCUGAGGGUAAGCCAGAAGAUGAGGCUUAUGAUCGUGAAUUCAAGAACAAUGAUUUUACUCAUUCCAGCAAGUCCAGACAGUCAUCUUCUGAGGAUGAAGAGGAUAAAAGUACCUCACAAGAACAAACGAUCAAAAGAAAGACCCCCAGAAAAGUUACGUUUGGGAAGAGCGUCGAUGCAUUACGUCUUUCAGGCAACCGUAAUGCACUUUGUAAGGGACGAAGGGUGUAUCAGUGCAGCCGGUGCAGUAGGAGUUUCAGAAGUUCAUUUGCUUUUGGGAGACAUCAAAAAGUGCAUACAGAAGAGAAGCAUUACUAUUAGACACGGUUUGGAAAAGAGUUUUCACAACAAUAAAAACUGUGUAGACAACAGAGAGUGCACGCUGCAGAGAAGCCUUACCAGUGCACAUAGUCAGGAAAACCGUUUCACAAGGAUCACAACUGCGGAGGCACCAAAGGGUGCACACCCGAGUAGAGCCUUACCAGUGCUCUCGAUGUGUGAAGACAUUUCUUCACUGUUCAUGUCUUAUAUUCCACCACAGAACACACAGAGGAGAGAAGCCUUUCCACUGUGAUCUCUGUGGAAAACGGUACGACACAUCUACCCUCGGUGCAGCUCUGAAUCAGUCAUAGCAUCUUACAGUGUACAAACUAAUGCACACUGGACAGAAGCCUUACAGCCACCCCGCCUGCCAGCAAAGGAUUCACAACAACAAGCCACCUUAAGCUGUACCAGGGGAUACACACUGGGGAAAAGCCGUACUGCUGCUCUGUGUGUUAAAGUGCGUCUGAGAUGCACACCAGAAAGAAGCCUAUUAGUGAUGUCUAAAUGUGACCGAGCAUUUAGUGUGGCAGAAGUGCACCCUCGAGUCGAGCAUUUUCUUUGCUCUUGCAGAAUUUUCUCAUGAAGGUCUCAUCAAUAGAAUGGGCAAAAUGAUUGCGGUUAAUGAUUUAGUGCAACAAAAAUAAUUAUAAUUUAAACUUUUUUCUAUAAUACUAUUUCUGAAAUAUAUGCAAAUUGUCAUUAAGCACAAUCAGUGCCUCCAAAUGUUUAAGCUGAAAGCACCACUCAUAGAUGCUAUUCAUUUUAUUUAUACAUUUUUCCUUUUUUAAAUGAAUGGGAAUUGCUUCUCGGGAUUAUGGAUUAAAUGAAUUAAAUGUCUUGUAUGGUAUUGUAUUAAGCAAGGUUUAAAUAAAACAAAAAACAUUUUUUAGAAAGGCUUAUUUGAACUAGCCCCACUUAAACUAGCCAGACAGGUGACUUCCAUUUCAGUGCAUUCCUCUAACAAACCAGAUCUGUCCUUAACCAUUCAGGUCCAGUAUAAAAUUCAGUAUCAAAAAUCCACAUUUUUUUUAGGGACUGCACACUGGAAAGCAACAGAAAUGCUAGAAGAGUUUAACCUGUGUGGUUCUUCGCUCCUGCUCAUUGUCAGGUAGUAUCUAGCUCUGACUGCCACUUCACUGUCAACUACAUUUGACACUGAACAAGCAAAAACUCAUUAUUCUCACGAACUCAGCUCUCAUUUAACCAGAAAUACAGCUUGCUAACGUUAGCAAAAGGAUGCUAUCAGUGCUAAAGGUUUUCCGAACAUUUUCACCAAUCAACUCUCAGUUUUGUAAAGUGAUUAACAGAAGCUGAUUGUUAUAAAGCAGUUCUAAAUCAGCUUACUUGGGAUUCUGUUCUUGUUUUAGAGAAAGCUAAAGUGAAGGGUUAUUAAUACUUGGCAUAUUUUAUGUAUUUAGAAAUGUACUUUGAUUUUAUACAUUUGAUCGCAUAUAUGUUAGUAUUUGGAUCUGUAUAUUAGUGUACAUUAUUAGGUUUAUAAUGCGUCGUUCUUUGCCUUCUUUGUGUGUGCCUAUUUACAGCACCUCACCUUAUUAAACUAGUUUUAUUUUUAA